AUGGUGUUGCCGAUUCUACCGUUAAUUGAUGAUCUGGCCUCAUGGAAUACUAAGAAAGAAUAUGCUUCCUUAAUUGGUCAGGUACUUUUGGAUGGCUCGAGCUUAAGUAAUGACGAGAUUCUCCAAUUUGCAAAGAAGGAAGAGGUUCCAUUGGUGGCUUUGUCUUUGCCGAGUGGAAAGUUCAGUGAUGAUGACAUCAUUGCCUUUUUGAACAAUGGAGUCUCUUCUCUCUUCGUUGGGACCCAAGAUGCUAAAAUUGUGGACCACUUGGUCGACCAAUUGAAUGUUCCAAAAGACCGUAUUGUUGUGGAGGAUAACAAUGUCUUCUAUAACCAAUUUAUAGUGAAGCAAAAGUUCUCGCAAGAUAAAAUAGUGUCCAUCAAGAAAUUGAGCAAAGAUCAAUUGACUAAAGAGGUGAUUACUGAAGUACGCACCGAUCGUCCUGAUGGCUUGUUUACCACCCUGGUCGUCGAUCAAUACGAGCGUUGUUUGGGGUUAGUAUACUCUUCCAAGGAAUCUAUUGCAAAAGCCAUCGAUUUGGGCCGUGGUGUUUAUUACUCUCGUUCUAGAAGUGAAAUCUGGGUCAAGGGGGAAACGUCCGGCAACGGUCAAAAGCUUCUGCAAAUCUCCACUGAUUGUGAUUCUGACGCUUUGAAAUUUAUCGUCGAGCAGGAAAACAUCGGAUUUUGCCACUUGGAGACCAUGUCCUGCUUUGGGGAAUUCAAACAUGGCUUGGUUGGUCUAGAAUCUUUACUAAAGCAAAGAUUACAAGAUGCCCCAAAAGAGUCUUACACCAGAAGACUAUUCAACGAUUCUGCAUUAUUGGACGCCAAGAUUAAAGAAGAAGCAGAAGAAUUGACUGAGGCAAAGGGUAAACAGGAGAUAUCUUGGGAAGCUGCCGAUCUGUUCUAUUUUGCGUUGGCCAAAUUAGUAGCCAAUAAUGUUUCAUUGAAAGAUGUUGAAAAUAAUUUGAAUAUGAAGCACUUGAAGAUCACAAGAAGGAAGGGUGAUGCUAAACCAAAAUUUGUGGCACAAGCAAAGUCUGAGGAGGAGGAAUCAACCGGCCCAAUUCACUUGGACGUGGUCAAGGCUUCUGACAAGGCUGGUAUUAAGAGGGCCUUAAGCAGACCAAUUCAAAAAACUUCUGAAAUUAUGCAUUUAGUCAAUCCGAUAAUUGAGAACGUUAGGGAUAAAGGUGACUGCGCUCUCUUGGAAUACACAGAAAAAUUUGAUGGUGUCAAAUUGUCCACACCCGUGCUAAAUGCACCAUUCCCAGAAGAGUACUUUGAAGGUUUAACUGAAGAAAUGAAAGACGCUUUGGAUCUGUCGAUCGAAAACGUUCGCAAAUUUCACGCCGCUCAACUGCCUUCAGGCACUCUUGAAGUGGAAACCCAACCCGGUGUUUUAUGUUCCAGAUUUCCUCGUCCAAUCGAGAAAGUUGGUCUUUAUAUUCCAGGUGGUACUGCUGUUUUGCCAAGUACUGCAUUGAUGCUUGGUGUCCCAGCUCAAGUUGCUCAAUGUAAGGAAAUUGUGUUCGCAUCCCCACCAAGAAAAUCAGAUGGUAAAGUUUCACCUGAAGUCGUCUACGUUGCGGAAAAGGUUGGCGCUUCCAAGAUUGUUUUAGCAGGUGGUGCACAAGCCGUUGCUGCUAUGGCCUACGGUACUGAAACCGUUCCUAAAGUGGACAAAAUUUUGGGCCCUGGUAAUCAGUUCGUCACUGCUGCUAAGAUGUAUGUGCAAAAUGACACCCAGGCCCUAUGUUCCAUUGACAUGCCUGCUGGUCCAAGUGAAGUUUUAGUCAUUGCCGAUGAAGAUGCAGAUGUGGAUUUUGUGGCCAGUGACUUACUAUCACAAGCUGAACACGGUAUUGACUCUCAAGUUAUCCUUGUUGGUGUUAAACUGAGCGAAAAGAAGAUAAGUGAAAUCCAAGAUGCUGUCCACCACCAAGCUAUGGAACUACCACGUGUGGAUAUUGUUCGUAAAUGUAUUGCACACAGUGCCAUUGUUCUUUGUGAUGGCUAUGAAGAAGCCCUUGAAAUGUCCAAUCAAUAUGCACCAGAGCAUUUAAUUCUACAAAUCGCCAACGCUAACGAUUACGUGAAAUUGGUUGAUAACGCAGGGUCUGUGUUCGUAGGCGCCUACACUCCAGAAUCGUGUGGUGAUUAUUCUAGUGGUACCAAUCAUACCCUACCAACAUACGGCUAUGCUAGACAAUACAGUGGUGCCAACACUGCAACCUUCCAAAAAUAUAUCACUGCUCAAAACAUCACCCCUGAAGGUUUGGAGAACAUUGGUAGAGCUGUCAUGUGUGUUGCCAAGAAGGAAGGCUUGGAUGGCCACAGAAACGCCGUGAAAAUUAGAAUGAGUAAGCUUGGGUUGAUCCCAGACGAUUUCCAAUAG